AUAAUACUUCUUAACAUAGAUAUCUAUGUGUACUAAAAAUUUUGUGAACUUAUCACGUACACACGUGCUUUAAUCCGUUGUUUUGAGAAGAAGACGAAUAUAUUAAAUAUCAAAGAUAUUUAAUUACGUGUUAUAUCCAUCAAUAUUCUAAUGUAUGUAUAAGCACAUUUUCAUUAGUGCCACCGUCCUAUAUAUUAAUAUUUAAUUGUACAAACCCAAGAUUUACCAUUCUGAUAUUAAGUGUUUAAUAACGGAUAAUAAUAAAGUAUGAGUUUUUGGAGACUGAUAUUGCCUAAAGCACGACCGGGUGCAUAUUCGAGGUUCGAACUCUACCAGCGAGGCUCAUUGGAAGGAAUCAUGGAGUUCAUGGAGCCAGAAGAAGAGGCGAAACUGAUUGCCGAAUUUAAUCAAAGGUUUCCGUACAAGGUAGAAUUACACGUGCAUCUCGACGGCGCCGUGCGACCGGAAACAGUUAUAGAUAUUGCUAA